AUGUCCGCCAAACUUCGUUUUGAUAAGCCUACAAUGGCACUGUGCCCUGAUGAGGAAGCCAUCAAUACUCGGGAUACGUUAAGCGUUGUCGAGUGGAGCCAAGAUCGCGGCUUUUGCAGAUAUUGUCAAUCUCAACUGAUACAGUAUCCGGUUUGCCCGUUAUCGGCAUGGGCAGAUGGCACCUUUUGGGAACAGGCGGUGCGGUUAAGGAUUUUCAGCAAAGAUCUGGUGCGGCGACAGCUCCUACGCCUGGCUCGUGCUGCCAUGCAGCGCUCACCCGAGCACACGCCACACCCUCUUUUGGCUGUGCGGGAACGAUUGUAG